AUGUUGAUUCGAUCCAACAGCCACCUGGAGCAACAUGAAUCCCAGCUUGCACUCAACACUCCAGCACACAACUUCAGUUCUUCGAUUGAAGCGAGUUUGGAACGCUUGUCGGCUAGCAGCAACGCAGUGAUACAAGUGGACUCUCUAAGCGCUUGGAGCUUAGAAGCGGAAGCAAUUUCGAUGAUCGACGACGAAAUGCAGGUGAUCGACACGAUCGAUCAGAGCUACUGGAAUGGAAAGUUUGUCCCACCACCACCGAGACCACCGUUUCUAGAGGAAUCGAUUGCCCCGGACGGUCUGACCACCUGUGACCUGUGCUCGUGGGCCUGGCAGGACAAGGGUACACUGUCGCUGGAUGGAGCGAUAAAGGAAAUUUUCUCAUCAUCCGACACGAAGGAAUUUAAUUGGACAUUUGCGCUGAUAGUAGUCUCGCUAACGUCGGCUUUUCUCGGUGCCAUAAUAAUGAUAGUAUUUCUUAGAUGUAAAAGGAUUCGAACUAACCAGCAUGGACUCCGGACGUUGUGUUUCGAUUCCAGUAGUACAAAGGAUACCAGCGGGUUGAAUUUUGAUAACCAAACAUCGAAAAACUCGACCAACGGGUCAUGUAGCCCUCGUAGUACAAAUUCCGGCCUGUGGACCUGGUUUAGCAGCCGCAAGAACCUAUCCACACCGGAUCAGCUAGUAAACUCCCACACGCUGCCGGUGGAGAACCAUUACACGCACAUGGACGACAAUAAUUACAAUCCCGUGCAGAUCGAUGAGGCGUCGUACGCGGAAGUGGGCAACGAGAUAGGUCCCUCCGAAACUACCUCCUACAAAUCCGGCUCCGUACAGCAUGGUGCAGACAACGACAUUCUAAUAAUGAACUGUCCGCUACCGGCCAUACCGACCGGCUCACACAGCGCUAGCGGAGGUGCUAGUGGAUCGGGCAGUGCGUACUAUUCCGGGCUGCUCAACAACGCCAAUAUGGCCGGCGGUGAGGAUGAGGACGAGCGUCCGUACGAGAUUGUCGAUUUGAAGGAGAUGUCAUCGCCCCACAAAAAUCAUAACGUCCAAAGCCACUUCCUGAACGAAACGAACAACCUGCUGACGAUUGAAAAGCAUUCCGAAACGCUGCCGGAAGGGACGAUCAGUGCGUCAGACUAUGUUUGA